CAAAAUGAUCCACUCCAUCGACACUCAAGACUUAGAUGACUUGAUUUUCUCCUUCAAGCAAUGCCGGGAUGAAGCUGAGUCCCUUGCAGCAGACUACAAUAGCCUUGGACAGAAUCAGGAUCACUUUGAAGCUCUUAAAGAGUUUGAACAGAACUUCGCCAUCUUCGAGGAAGAAGAAGUUGAGAAAAUGAAUGAAGAUUUCACUCAAUUUGAAGAAAUGAUUUCAGGAUAUCACCAUAAGUUAGAAGACAUCAGACAAGGCUACAAGGAAAUUGAAGAGGCUAAAAUCUCCAUCCAGAAAAUGGAGGUCUAUAUCGUCCAGCUAGAAAAGCACCUCGCAUCGCUUAAGCUCAAGUACAUGACCCUUGAGAUGCAUCAGAAACAUGAGAUUAGGAAAGAUUUAAUCCAGAAAAAUUAUCAAGGCAAGAUCCAAGAGAUGAAGAACAAGAUUGAUAAAUAAAAAUGAAAAUCUCAAGAAAAUGCGAGGGACACUUGAUGAUGCUUUCGCUAAAUGGAACGAGAUUAGGAAGGAAACUCAGGAGCAACUUGAUGAAAAAUCUACCUACCUCAAAGCAUGUAAGAAGGAACAAGAGCAGCUUGACCUCCAGAUCGAGCUAGAAGAGGAGAAAAUCCUAGAGCUCAAGCAAGAAAUAGAAGAAAAAGAAGCUCAGAAGCACUUUGUAGGGAAAGCUAAAAUUAAGCAACUAGAAGAGCUUGAGAAGAAGAAAAAGGAGCUCAAGGAUUAUAACAUCAACCUUGCUGAUAAUAUAGAAGAAUUGGAGGAUAAGAAAGAGAGCCUCGAGCUUGAAAUUCAGAACCUGAACAACCAGAUCCUUGAGAAAGUCAAUAUGAAGAAAAAGCUUAAGGACAAGGAAAUCAGUGAAAGGAGGAAGCAAUCUCAAAUCAAAGAUAUCCUCUAUGAGAAGAAGAGACAUAUGGACUCACUUGAAGAUGAUGUCACCACCAGAGCGAAGGAGGUCCAGGAGCUCAAGAAGAUUCUUAGUUCCUUAAACCAAGAGUCGCAGACUCUUGGUGAAGGAACUUACAAUGACAAUGACUCCAUGGACAGAUAUAUCGCUGAGGAUGAAGCCAAAAGUGAGAACAGCCCUGACGCUGAUACAAUAGAGAAACAGAUUUACAAAUAUUUCUCAGAUUUUGAAUCCAAUCCCCACAAACAUAGUGUUGAAAAGAUAUCAGAGAGGGAGUAUCAAGUAGGUACUUUCUCUCUCUACCCUGUCCUGAAGAAAGGAAUAGUAAUGCUAAACACUCCAGAGAGACAAAUGUCUCUCUAUGAGUUUUAUCAGAAGAAUUUGAACAAGAAUAUCCCUGAAAGUACAGGGAAAUUAAUCAGUGAGGAUAAAGGAAAUAACAAACAUUUCAUCUUCUCAGGCCAACAAUUUGAGCUAAGCAAUGAAGUCGAUGAGAAUUCAAGAUCGAUCAAUUCUCAAUUUGAGGCUCCUGAACAAGAAGAUGGUAGAAUUGAGUUCCAAAUUGAUGACGAAAUGAACAAACAACAAAAAAUUUCAUUCAUAGAGUCUUACAACUCUGAUGAUUCCUACGAUAUCUCCUCAGGUUCAAGCAAGAAGAAAUCUCCUACACAGGACAUUAAGGAUUUAGGAAAAUCUGGUGAAAAGGAAGCAGUAAUGGCUGGAAGUCCUCUAAUGAACAAAAAGGAUCAAAAAGCGCCUCCAAAAUCGAAUAAAAUUCCGAAAAAGACUAAGUCCAGGUUAAAUGACUUGGUGAUGAGGAACUUGCAGGCGAAUAAGCAUUUCUAACUCAAUUUAGCAUA